AUGAAGAAGGUAAAAGAUAUAAUAGUUGAAUCAUCUAAGAGAAAUGUUAUUCCAAACACAAUUUUCUUAAAUAUAGUUAUAUUUUUAAUAUUCAUUAAAUACAUUGCUAUUAGGGUAAAAUUAGCUUUACUUGCCAUUCUCUAUCUCCUGAAAGAUAUAAAAGUAUUUCAUACAAAUCAAUAAUUUAGGCUUUAUCCAUAUAAGAAGGAACAAAUUGA